CCGGGCUGCUAUAAAAGGGCCGGCCGGCCGGGUGCUACCGCAGUGCCGCCCGCCCCGUCCCGGCCUCGGGUUCCCACUCCGCCGGCAGCCGCACCUGCUCCGGCCAAGAUGAGCUUCAGCGGCGCUGAGGCGCUGCUGGGCGCCUUCGCGCCGCUCCACGGAGGCGGCAGUCUGCACUACGGGCUGACUCGCAAGGGCGGCGCGCGCUCUGCAGCCGGCUCCUCCAGCGGCUUCCACUCAUGGGCGCGGACGUCCGUGAGCUCCGUGUCGGCCUCGCCGAGCCGCUUCCGCGGCGCGGGAGCCGCCUCCAGCACCGACUCGCUAGACACGCUGAGCAACGGACCGGAGGGCUGCGUGGUGGCGGCGGCGGCGGCGCGCAGCGAGAAGGAACAGCUGCAGGCGCUGAACGACCGCUUCGCGGGCUACAUCGACAAGGUGCGGCAGCUCGAGGCACAUAACCGCAGCCUGGAGGGAGAGGCGGCGGCGCUGCGGCAGCAGCAGGCGGGCCGCGCCGCCAUGGGCGAGCUAUACGAGCGCGAGGUGCGCGAGAUGCGCGGCGCUGUGCUGCGCUUGGGCGCGGCCCGCGGCCAGCUGCGCCUGGAGCAAGAGCACCUGCUGGAGGACAUCGCGCACGUGCGCCAGCGCCUAGACGACGAGGCCCGGCAGCGCGAGGAGGCUGAGGCGGCGGCGCGCGCACUUGCGCGCUUUGCGCAGGAGGCCGAAGCGGCGCGCGUCGAGCUGCAGAAGAAGGCUCAGGCCCUGCAGGAAGAGUGCGGCUACCUGCGGCGUCACCACCAGCAGGAGGUGGGCGAGCUGCUCGGCCAGAUCCAGGGCAGCAGCGCCGCGCAGACUCAGGCGCAGGCCGAGGCGCGCGACGCCCUCAAGUGCGACGUGACGUCGGCACUGCGCGAGAUCCGCGCGCAGCUGGAAGGCCAUGCAGUGCAGAGCACGCUACAGUCCGAGGAGUGGUUCCGAGUGAGACUGGACCGACUGUCAGAGGCAGCCAAGGUGAACACAGACGCCAUGCGCUUGGCACAGGAGGAGAUAACUGAGUACCGGCGGCAGCUGCAGGCCAGGACCACAGAGCUGGAGGCGCUCAAAAGCACCAAGGACUCACUGGAGAGGCAGCGCUCUGAGCUGGAGGACCGUCAUCAGGCUGACAUCGCAUCCUACCAGGAAGCCAUCCAGCAGCUGGAUGCUGAGCUCAGGAACACCAAGUGGGAGAUGGCAGCCCAGCUCCGAGAGUACCAGGACCUGCUCAAUGUCAAGAUGGCUCUGGAUAUUGAGAUUGCUGCUUACAGAAAACUCCUGGAGGGUGAAGAGUGUCGGAUUGGCUUUGGCCCGAGUCCUUUCUCCCUUCUAGAAGGACUCCCCAAAAUCCCUGCCAUAUCCACUCAUAUAAAAGUCAAAAGCGAAGAGAAGAUCAAGGUGGUAGAAAAGUCAGAGAAGGAAACUGUGAUUGUGCAGGAACAGACAGAGGAGGUCCAGCUGACUGAGGAAGUGACUGAAGAAGAAGAGAAAGAGGCCAAAGAGGAGGAGGAAGGGGGAGAAGAAGCAGCAAAAUCUCCCCCAGCAGAAGAGGCCGCAUCUCCAGAGAAAGAGGAGGCCAAGUCCCCAGUGAAGGAAGAAGGCAAGUCCCCAGAAAAGGCUGAGUCCCCUAUGAAAGAAGAAGCAAAAUCGCCAGCUGAGGCCAAGUCUCCUGAGAAGGCCAAGUCCCCAGAAGGAGUGAAGUCUCCAGAGAAGGCCAAGUCCCCAGAGAAGGAAGAGGCCAAAUCCCCAGAGAAGGCCAAAUCCCCUGUGAAGGAAGAGGCCAAGUCCCCAGAGAAGGCCAAGUCCCCAGAGAAGGAAGAGGCCAAGUCCCCAGAGAAGGCCAAGUCCCCAGAGAAGGAAGAGGCCAAAUCCCCAGAGAAGGCCAAGUCCCCAGAGAAGGAAGAGGCCAAGUCCCCAGAGAAGGCCAAGUCCCCUGUGAAGGAAGAGGCCAAGUCCCCAGAGAAGGCCAAGUCCCCAGAGAAGGAAGAGGCCAAAUCCCCAGAGAAGGCCAAGUCCCCUGUGAAGGAAGAGGCCAAGUCCCCAGAGAAGGCCAAGUCCCCAGUGAAGGAAGAGGCCAAGUCCCCAGAGAAGGCCAAGUCCCCAGAGAAGGAAGAGGCCAAAUCCCCAGAGAAGGCCAAAUCCCCAGAGAAGGCCAAGUCCCCAGAGAAGGCCAAGUCCCCAGUGAAGGAAGAGGCCAAGUCCCCAGAGAAGGCCAAGUCCCCAGUGAAGGAAGAGGCCAAAUCCCCAGAGAAGGCCAAGUCCCCAGAGAAGGCCAAGUCCCCAGAGAAGGAAGAGACCAAAUCCCCAGAGAAGGCCAAAUCCCCAGAGAAGGCCAAGUCCCCGGUGAAGGAAGAGACCAAAUCCCCAGAGAAGGCCAAGUCUCCCGUGAAGGAAGAAGCAAAGUCCCCGGAGAAGGCCAAAAGCCCUGUCAAGGAGGAGGCCAAAUCCCCAGAGAAGGUCAAGUCUCCUGUGAAGGAGGUCCCAAAGAAGGAGGAGGCAAAGUCCCCCAUGAAGGAGGAAGAGAAAGCCCAGGAGGUGAAAGCCAAAGAGCCCCCAAAGAAGACAGAGGAAGAGAAAGCUCCAGCCACACUGAAAACCGAGGAGAAGAAGGACAGCAAGAAAGAUGAGGUGCCCAAGAAGGAGGCUCCAAAGCCCGAGGUCCAGGAGAAGAAGGACCCUGCUGUGGAAAAGCCCAAAGAACCCAAAGCUGAAGCCAAGAAGGAAGAGGCUGAAGAUAAGAAAAAAGCAACCACCCCAGAGAAGGAGGCUGCUGCCAAGGGGAAGGAAGAAGCCAAACCCAAAGAGAAGACUGAGGUGGCCAAGAAGGAACCAGAUGAUGCCAAGGCCAAAGAACCCAGCAAAGCAGCAGAGAAAGAGCCGGAAAAGCCAAAGAAGGAAGAGACGCCAGCGGCACCUGAGAAAAAAGACACCAAGGAGGGGAAGGCCACAGAGGCCAAGAAGCCUGAGGAGAAACCCAAAGCAGAGGCCCAAGCCAAGGAGCCCAGCAAGGAGGCCUCCACACCAGGCAAAGCCAAGGCAGAAAAGGCUGAGAAAUCCUCUAGCACAGACCAGAAAGACAGCAGGCCUCCAGAGAAGGCCACAGAAGACAAGGCCACCAAGGGAGAGAAGUAAGGCAGGGAGAGAGGAACAUCCAGAGCAGCCAAAGAAACUCAGGAGGGUCUGGGAGCUCAAGGGUCGGUGUAACCAAUUUUCAUUUUUUCUCCCUUUUCUUUAAGAAGAAACUCUGCUUAGACUAUGGGCCCUCCUUCACCAAACAGGAAUUUCUUUUAGCAAUGUGUUAGCAAGAGAGGGUCCUUCCAAACCCCGGCCCCACGCCCCAAACCCUCCCUAGGCGAUGGACAAUUAUGUUAUGAUAGCUUAUGUAGCCGAAUGUGAUAUAUGCAGAAUGCCACAUGUAAACACUUGACUAUAAAAACUGCCCCCUCCUCUCCAAAUAAGUGCAUUUAUUUCCUGUAUGUGCAACUGACAGAUGACCGCAAUAAUGAAUGAGCAGUUAGAAACACAUUAUGCUUGAGAUGUCUUAACCUAUUCCUGAAUGCCUUCUGUUUUCCAAAGGAGUGGUCGAGCCCUUGCCCAAAGCUCUCUGUCCUGGAAGAGCUGGAGCAGGUGGGGCUGGGCGCUGGCCACUGAACCGUGCCAGGGCGCACUUUUCCACUGGAGUCCACUUUCAAUUGCUUCUGUGCAAUAAAACCAAGUGCUUAUAAAAUGAAAA